AUGGGGAAGAUCGCCAGCAAGGUGUGGUCCAGGGGCCUGCUGGGCGGCUUUGGCAUGCCCCAGAUGGAGCAGCAACUCACCGCCCUGGCCGGUUGGAGCCGGGAGGGUCUCAUCCAGGCCUACCAGCACUUCCUGGACCACUGCGAGUUCACCUUGGACCGGCACCAGUUCACCGACGUGUUCCAGUGCUUCCCCGACACCACCUUUGCGGAUGCGGCCUUCCGGGCGCUUCAGCCCAAGAAGGGAAAGCUGGAUGGCAAUACGAUCUUUGCCGCGGCCACUGUGACUUCGAAUCAAUCUUUCAUUUCCAGAGUCUCGCUGCUCUUCAGCAUCUUUGACAUGGACGGCGACGGCACCUUGAACAAGGCGGAGUUCACCCUGGGCCUGCGGUCCCUGCUGCACGGCCUGCGGCUCUUCUUCACCGAGGCGGUGGUGCCUAGCGACAUGGAGCUGGAGGUGGCCACGGAGGACAUCUUCCGAAGGAUAGAUGCCGACAAGUCCGGGUUUGUGACCUUGGGUGAAUUCCUGGUCUACGCAUAUCGCAGCCGCGAUCUCCAUGAACUGGUCCAGAAUAUCCCUGUGGACGUCGAAGAUGUCAGGGUGGAGGAGGACAUGGUGCCGUUUCAGCGGAUCCCCGUGCACCUGUCAGGACCUGAGGCAGAGUCGCCGCGGAAGGGGUCGAAGGAGGGCGCGAAGCACGCCGCCGCCGUGGAGGAUUCCGCGCCUGCCCCUGCCAAGCCGAUGGUGAGGAGGGCUGCUGGAGGGAUUCGCCCACGUGGCUCGCUCGAUUCAGGAGCGUCAGAAGCCGAGUGGCUGCGGAGGGGGUCCAAGGACAGCAUGGCCGCGCAGAAGCGCCACUCCGAGUGUCUCUCCUUGAAGGAGGACGCAUUGUCUCCUGUAAGGAGGGGGAGUCGCCCACGUGGCUCGCUCGAUUCAGGAGCGUCGGAAGCCGAGUCGCUGCGGAGGGGGUCCAAGGAUAGCAUGGCAAUGCGGUCGCAUCACUCAGAAGAUACAGCGCCAUCAACAGCCAGAGGUUCGGUGAGGAGGUUCACUGGAGGGAGUCACGCGCGUGGCUCGCUUGAUGCAGGCACCUGGUGUGGAAGCCUUGCGUAUGUCAAAAUGACCGGGAGGAAGCGAGCUGGCCCCUCCCGUCCCUCGCGCGUUUGGACCCCGCCGGCAGAGGUGUCCAAAGCCCAAGCCUGGCUGCUGUGGAAGUUCUUCCACCACCUGAGCCAGCAUAGCUCGAGGGCGGAUGUGGAGCUGGUCCUCAACUUCUUGCGAGACCCCAUUGCCGUUCGCAAGGAGUUCCUAGCGAUUGCCGGCUCGGCCAAGGCCGAGGACGAAGGGGUGAAUUUUGCACAGGAGGUGGAAGGGCUGGGUGCCCAGUUUCAGCGUGCACUGCUGGAGACGCAGGUGCGCCAGAGGCUGGAGCAGCUGCAGACCCCGCUCACCAUGAGGGGCUUUUUGUGUCUCAGCUUUUUCUCCCUUGUGCCGACGCACAUCGAGAGCAUCCUCGUGUGGUGUGAUGGUUUCUAUGCUGCAGAAGUCCUGCAGAGCCUUUUAAACCAGGAGGCCAUUGCCAUCACCGAGGAGGAGGUUGACAUCAUGCUUCGGGCCCUGGACGUGGAUGGCAGCGGGGAUUUGAGCCUGGCAGAGCUGGUGGCGGGGCAGAUCACGGCGCAGCAGGCGGAGCACCUCUUCGAGAAGUGCCACAGGCGCUUGGAUGCCGCGAUCAGCGACAAGGAUAUAAAGAGCUACAUCCAGAGCUUGAAGAUGGCCCUUGGGAAAGAUGUGAAGGGCGUGUUGCAGACAUUUGCGCAAGCAGCGGAGCCUGCUGCCCCUCACUGUAGGCUAGACACCUUGCAGAGCCUCGACGGCUCUGCGGUAGAGGCCCACUAG